UUGCGUACGGGCACACAAUCAGUUUUUACAUCUUUGCAUGAAAAUGUAUAGUGUUUAAAAUAAAGUGUUGUGUGGUGAUUGUUCCAACAUUUACAUUGUGAUUUUGAGAGUUUUACGAAGUAUGGUAAAGUUUUUAGUAUACUAAUAAACCGAUAAAAAUGCAACAGUCUAAUAAUAGGUACCGUUCAUUCAUGCAAGUAGGCCAAGGAAAUUUUCCUCAAAGUCUAAGUGGUAGUGAGACAGAUGUGUCUACAUCGAAUGAGAACCUCUCAAAUGAAGAGAAAUACGUCAUUAGACAUACUCCAAGACAAGAACCUCAGGGUCAAGAAAAUCUCAACGACUCGAAGAGAAGUUCACUUAGGGACAGUUUACCUUCAAAUCGUAGCUCGUUAGAUGUGUCCUCCUCAUCUUACAAUACACUAAUUAUCCAUAGUGCAGGGGAUGAACCGUGGACAGGCAGAAAUUCAGGACCCAGAGAGACGUCAAAUAUAUCCCCCCCGAAUUAUUUAUCCCACCAAACCAACUUGUACAAUGAUUCUAAACUUUCCCCUAUACAGAAAAGGAAUUCAGCUUCCCCAUCCCCAUCUAUUACAAGUACAGGUGUGCAGGAAAUUACAGAAAUUCCAGACGAUUAUUUAUCUCAGUCCUCUGUGUUGAAACACUUAGCCAAAGAAGUUAAAGUCCCAUCUCCCAAUGGUACAACUAAGAACGAAAAUAUCGAGAAUUUGUUGAACAAAUUCGAUCCCAUUAAUUUCGAUAUAAAUAAUUUACCUCCUCCGCCCGAAUAUCCUAAAUGGUCCGAAAAGUCCCCACUUCAACAGGCCGUUAAUAGUAGAAGCAAAAUCUCUACGGAUAAAUUGAAUUUAUCCAAAUCACAACCGGACCUGUCAACAAUGGGGGCGGCGAAGUGCGAUUUUUCUGGGUUCAGGAGGGGUGUGUCAGCGCCUAGACCCCCUACAAAGGGAAGGGAGGAGAACGAAUCUAAAGCAGAAGAAAUCUGGCCAUCUGCGGAAAUGGUGGAAAUCCUCAUAAAGGAGAACAGUGCCUUAAAACAUGAACUGGAGAAUUGUUAUCAAAGAGUCGAACGAACUCAAAGGUUGGAGCAAGAAAUUCUGAAAGUUCACAAGGGUCACGAAGAAUUGGUACAGUCGUGCGAAAGAAGAGAACGACUAGAGCGUGCAGCUAGAGCUAGGCUACAGGCCGACUGCCGUAGAUACCAAGAACUGAACAGAGCUCUCCGAGAGCAAGUGGAAUUGUUGUCUACGCAGAUGCUUUCCAGAUCUCCUGUUCCAGAUUCCAGUGGUCCUGACAAUCUGAGAAGGGAAUUGAGCAAAAGAGAGGGGCUUAUUAAACAACUGAUUACACAGAAUAAAGAAUUAGCUGCAGCAAAGGAAAGACAGGAAAUAGAACUUGCUGCCCAAAGAGCUACCUUACAAGAACAAAGGACACACAUCGAUAUACUAGACACGGCUCUUACAAACGCCCAGGGCAAUGUUGUCCGCUUGGAAGAAGAAUGCCGUAAAAAACAAGUGUACGUAGAGCGGGUGGCGCAACUUCAAAGAGCCCUGUCGUCCCUCCAAAUGGCCAGCGACCGCCGGGAGCAGACAGAACGCAAACUGCGGCUACAGUUGGAGAGGGAACUUCAGCGAACGAAGGCAGCUCAAGGGGAAAUGAGGGGAAACGGGUGGGACUCACCCAGUGGAUCUGAAAACGAAUCUGCUUCAGAACUGAAACGGAGGUUGAGGGAGAAAGACGAAAAAAUUAUGACGUUGGAAGGAGAGUGUUCGAAAUGGGAGCAAAGGUUCUUGGAAGAAAGCACGCUGAGACAGGCAGCUAUCGAUGCUGCUAGCAUACCAAAGGAUGCCAAGAUAGCAGCAUUAGAGAAAACAAGCCAAGAGACUGAAAAAAUAAUAGCGGAGGCACGCAAUGAAAAAAUCCGCCAUAUGGAUGAGGUACACGCGGCGCAGAAGAAAGUAGCCGAUCUAGAGUCGAGGUUAAAAGAUCUGGAAUCCAAGUUAGCCGAAAAAGAUGCCAUGAUCAGAGUACUCCAGAAGCAUACUUACGACAAGGAUGUAUCGAGUAUGUUGGGACGAUCACCACAUCAUACGCCUCACCCCAGUCUUGCCGGGGCUGAUAUCGAUCACGUGUUAGGUACUACUGUAUCUAGAGAAGAAUUAGUGAGUAGUGUCUUGACGAACUCAACAGCUUAUGGUUCCGGAAAUUCCUAUACCGGAAGCGACUCUUCCUACCACAUGCCAUCAUACAGUAAAUACGAGACUAACAAAACAUACGACAGUACGAAACAGACACUGGAUAACCAGUUAAAAGAGAUAGAUAGCCAGCUAGAUUCGCAACUGCUUAGCAAGCGGGGUCUUUGCUGUUUUCCAGGAUUCACUAAUCCAGUCACUGCGCAGAGAAAAGGAAAAAUACCCAAGCCACUAUUGGCAGGUGUAACUUCAAACCCAGGGGGACUGUUCGAAUCAGGUUCUUUUCUGAUGCCUCCCUCUCGUCACGAGUCGGGAGAGAUGUUGCUGUUGGAGAAGCAAGGGCGCACCUCGCAGCAGCAACGCAUGCAAGAGAACACAGAAAAUAACCGUACCCAACCUGUUUUGGACAGUCCCGCCAACCACUGCCCAGCCCCGAGCUCCUUACCAAGGCCCCCCAGGUCCUCCCACCGAUCCGGUCUUCCCAGGCGAAUGGGAGACUACAAUCGUCUUCCAGAUAACGAGAUCCCCCGCAAAAAGUCAGACGGAGGGGAGUCGUUAAGCUCGAAUACUAGCAGCAGAAGAGCCUCCCCUGCCAGGUCGCUCAUACCCCCUCCGAGAAAGCUGGGAGAAUACGGCAGGUUAUCCGAAAGUGGCGGUUCAAGUGCCUCGUUACGUAAGCCGUCUACUAGGGUACGCAGUGGAAGCUCCGGUGGCGAAAGAGACUCAGCUUCAACUCUUAGUGAUAACUCGGCCAGCUCUCUACCUCCUCCCUCGAAAGUACGUCUCUACGGAAGCAACUCGUUGAAGAGGGGCUCCUCUCUAGGAAGGGAUAGUAAGUCUUCCACAGAUUCGAAUACGAGCAAAUAUCGAAUUCAGUUUUAAGGCAGUAAGCAAACGUUUUGUUUGUUUUUCUAGAUCGCAGACGACAAUAUUGACGCAAUAACAGCCUUAUUUAACAAAUAGGUUAGAUUUAAUUGUUACGUUUUAAUACUUAAUGUUAUACUCAUAGUUAUCUUUUGACAGUGGGUUAAGUGUUUGUGAUCUAGAAAAUCAAAUAAUAUAUCCAGGAAAAGUGUUGCACAAUUUUUUAUUCGUCCUUAACUAGAUUGAAAUCUAAUUAACAGAAAAGUAUGUAUUUGUUUCGUAAUAAUUAUACAGGGUGUUUCAUUUAGAACUUUCCGGCAAAAACAAAAGGACGCAAUUAUCCAAGUACUGUAAAAAUUUUUGUAUAUAAAUGACAUUUCUCAUAUACAGGCUGUUACAAAUUCGCUUCUCACUACAUGGAUCUCGAAAACGGAAGAAAUACAAACUAGCAAA